UUUUGGCAUUAGGGUUAAAAUCACUGUCCAAAACCUUUUUAGGAACAUGUUUCAGACCUUUUGGAGUUUGUACACCAAAAAAAAAAAAGAAAAAUGAAAAAAAAAUAUUUGGGGUGUUCGGGCUUCCUGAAGGUAAUACCCGGGUAUUAGGUUAUGGGGCUAUGGUAAGGUUUAAGGUUUUUGGCGUUAGGGUUAAAAUCACUGUCCAAAACCUUUGUAGGAACUCUUUUCCAACCUUUUGGAGUCAGUAUGACCAAAAAAAAAAUAAAAAAAAAAUAAAAAAAAUGUAUUUGGGGUGUUCGGGUUUCCUGAAGGUAAUACCCGGGUAUUAGGUUAUGGGGCUUAGGAAAGGUUUAAGGUUUUUGGCGUUAGGGUUAAAAUAAUUGUCCAAAACCUUUGUAGGAACUCUUUUCCAACCUUUUGGAGUCAGUUAGACCAAAAAAAAAAAGAAAAAAGAAAAAAAUAUAUUUGGGGUGUUCAGGCUUCCUGAAGGUAAUACCCGGGUAUUAGGUUAUGGGGCUUAGGAAAGGUUUAAGGUUUUUGGCGAUAGGGUUAAAAUAACUGUCCAAAACCUUUUUAGGAACAUGUUUCAGACCUUUUGGAGUUGGUUACACCAAAAAAAAAUGUAAAAUGAAAAAAAAAUAUUUGGGGUGUUCGGGCUUCCUGAAGGUAAUACCCGGGUAUUAGGUUAUGGGGCUAUGGUAAGGGUUCAGUUUUUUGGCAUUAGGGUUAAAAUUAUUGUCCAAAACCUUUGUAGGAACUCUUUUCCAACCUUACGGAGUUCGUUAGACCAAAAAAAAGAUGAAAAAAAAAAAAUAUUUGGGGGGUUCGGGCUUCCUUAAGGUAAUACCCGGGUAUUAGAUUAUGGGGCUAUGGUAAGGUUUAAGGUGUUUGGUGUUAGGGUUAAAAUCACUGUCAAAAAACCUUUGUAGGAACUCUUUUCCAACCUUUUGGAGUUAGGAAGACCAAAAAAAAAAAAAAAAGAAAAAAAAUAUUUGGGGUUUUCAGGCUUCCUGAAGGUAAUACCCGGGUAUUAGGUUUUGGGGCUAGGGUAAGGUUUGAGGUUUUUGGCAUUAGGGUUAAAAUCACUGUCCAAAACCUUUUUAGGAACAUGUUUCAGACCUUUUGGAGUUUGUACACCAAAAAAAAAAGUAAAAUUAAAAAAAAAUAUUUGGGGUGUUCGGGCUUCCUGAAGGUAAUACCCGGAUAUCAGGUUAUGGGGCUAUUGAAAGGUUUAAGGUUUUUGUCGUUAGGGUUAAAAUCACUGUCCAAAACCUUUGUAGGAACUCUUUUCCAACCUUUUGGAGUUAGUUAGAACAAAAAAAAGAUGAAAAAUAAAAAAAAUGUAUUUGGGGUGUUCGGGCUUCCUGAAGGUAAUACCCGGGUAUUAGGUUAUGGGGCUUUGGAAAGUUUUAAGGUUUUUGGCGUUAGGGUUAAAAUCACUGUCCAAAACCUUUGUAGGAACUCUUUUCCAACCUUUUGGAGUUAGGUAGACCAAAAAAAAAUGAAAAAUGAAAAAAAAAUAUUUGGGGUGUUCGGGCUUCCUGAAGGUAAUACCCCGGUAUUAGAUUAUGGGGCUAUGGUAAGGGUUAAGGUUUUUGGCGUUAGGGUUAAAAUCACUGUCCAAAACCUUUGUAGGAACUCUUUUCCAACCUUUUGGAGUUAGUUAGACCAAACAAAAAUGAAAAAUGAAAAAAAAAAAAUUGUGGUUUUCGGGCUUCCUGAAGGUAAUACCCGGGUAUUAGGUUAUGGGGCGAGGGGAAAGUUUUAAGGUUUUCGGCAUUAGGGUUAAAAUCACUGUCCAAAACCUUUGUAGGAACUCUUUUCCAACAUUUCGGAGUUCGUUAGACCAAAAAAAAGAUGAAAAAAAAAAUAAAUAUAUAUUUGGGGUGUUCGGGCUUCCUUAAGGUAAUACCCGGGUAUUAGAUUAUGGGGCUACGGUAAGGUUUAAGGUUUUUGGUGUUAAGGUUAAAAUCACUGUCCAAAACCUUUGUAGGAACUCUUUUCCAACCUUUUGGAGUUGGUUACACUAAAAAAAAUGUAAAAUGAUAAAAAAAUAUUUGGGGUGUUCGGGCUUCCUGAAGGUAAUACCCGGGUAUUAGGUUAUGGGGCGAUGGUAAGGUUUAAGGUCUUUGGAGUUAGGGUUAAAAUCACUGUCCAAAACCUUUGUAGGAACUCUUUUCCAACCUUUUGGAGUUAGUUAGACCAAAAAAAAAUGAAAAAUGAAAUAAAAAAUAUUUGGGGUGUUCGGGCUUCCUGAAGGUAAUACCCGGGUAUUAGGUUAUGGGGCUAUGGUAAGGUUUAAGGUUUUUGGCAUUCGGGUUAAAAUCACUGUCCAAAACCUUUGUAGGAACUCUUUUCCAAGCUUUCGGAGUUAGUUAGACCAAAAAAAAAUGAAAAAUGAAAAAAAAAUAUUUGGGGUGUUCGGGCUUCCUGAAGGUAUUAACCGGGUAUUAGGUUAUGGGGCUUUGGAAAGUUUUAGGGUUUUUGGCAUUUGGGUUAAAAUCACUGUCCAAAACCUUUGUAGGAACUCUUUUCCAACAUUUCGGAGUUAGUUAGACCAAAAAAAAGAUGAAAAAAAAAAAUAUAUAUAUUUGGGGGGUUCGGGCUUCCUUAAGGUAAUACCCGGGUAUUAGGUUAUGGGGCUAUGGUAAGGUUUAAGGUUUUUGGUGUUAGGGUUAAAAUCACUGUCUAAAACCUUUGUAGGAACUCUUUUCCAAGCUUUCAGAGUUAGUUAGACCAAAAAAAAAAGAAAAAUGAAAUAAAAAUAUUUUUGGUUUUCGGGCUUCCUGAAGAUAAUACCCUGGUAUUAGGUUAUGGGGCUUAGGAAAGGCUUAAGGUUUUUGGCGUUAGGAUUAAAAUCAAUGUCCAAAACCUUUUUAGGAAAAUGUUUCAGACCUUUUGGAGUUAGUUACACCAAAAAAAAUGUAAAAUGAAAAAAAAAAAUAUUAGGGGUGUUCGGGCUUCCUGAAGGUAAUACCCGGGUAUUAGGUUAUGGGGCUUUGGAAAGGUUUAAGGUUUUUUGCGUUAGGGUUAAAAUCACUUUCCAAAACCUUUGUAGGAACUCUUUUCCAACCUUUUGGAGUUAGUCAGAACAAAAAAAAGAUGAAAAAUAAAAAAUAUAUAUUUGGGGUGUUCGGGCUUCCUGAAGGUAAUACCCGUAUUAGGUUAUGGGGCUACGGUAAGGUUUAAGUUUUUCGGUGUUAGGGUUAAAAUCACUGUCCAAAAACCUUUGUAGGAACUCUUUUCCAACCUUUUGGAGUUAGAUAGACCAAAAAAAAAAGAAAAAAGAAAAAAAAAUAUUUGGGGUUUUCGGGCUUCCUGAAGGUAAUACCCGGGUAUUAUGUUAUGGGGCUUUGGAAAGGGUUUAAGGUUUUUUGCUUUAGGGUUAAAAUCACUUUCCAAAACCUUUGUAGGAACUCUUUUCCAAGCUUUUGGAGUUAGUCAGAACAAAAAAAAGAUGAAAAAUAAAAAAUAUAUAUUUGGGGUGUUCGGGCUUCCUGAAGGUAAUACCCGGGUAUUAGGUUAUGGGGCUACGGUAAGGUUUAAGGUUUUUGGCGUUAGGGUUAAAAUCACUGUCCUAAAACCUUUGUAGGAACUCUUUUCCAACCUUUUGGAGUUAGGUAGACCAAAAAAAAAAAGAAAAAAGAAAAAAUAAUAUUUGGGGUUUUCGGGCUUCCUGAAGGUAAUACCCGGGCAUUAGGUUUUGGGGCUAGGGUAAGGUUUGGGGUUUUUGGCAUUAGGGUUAAAAUCACUGUCCAAAACAUUUUUAGGAACAUGUUUCAGACCUUUUGGAGUUUGUACACCAAAAAAAAAAGAAAAAUGAAAAAAAAAUAUUUGGGGUGUUCGGGCUUCCUGAAGGUAAUACCCGGGUAUCAGGUUAUGGGGCUAUGGUAAGGUUUAAGGUUUUUGGCGUUAGGGUUAAAAUCACUGUCCAAAACCUUUGUAGGAACUCUUUUCCAACCUUUUGGAGUCAGUAUGACCAAAAAAAAAAUAAAUAAAUAAAUAAAAAAAAUGUAUUUGGGGUGUUCGGGUUUCCUGAAGGUAAUACCCGGGUAUUAGGUUAUGGGGCUUAGGAAAGGUUUAAGGUUUUUGGCGUUAGGGUUAAAAUAAUUGUCCAAAACCUUUGUAGGAACUCUUUUCCAACCUUUUGGAGUCAGUUAGACCAAAAAAAAAAAGAAAAAAAUAUAUUUGCGGUUUUCAGGCUUCCUGGAGGUAAUACCCGGGUAUUAGGUUAUGGGGCUUAGGAAAGGUUUAAGGUUUUUGGUGAUAGGGUAAAAAUAACUGUCCAAAACCUUUUUAGGAACAUGUUUCAGACCUUUUGGAGUUGGUUACACCAAAAAUAAAUGUAAAAUGAAAAAAAAAUAUUUGGGGUGUUCGGGCUUCCUGAAGGUAAUACCCGGGUAUUAGGUUAUGGGGCUAUGGUAAGGGUUCAGUUUUUUGGCAUUAGGGUUAAAAUUAUUGUCCAAAACCUUUGUAGGAACUCUUUUCCAACCUUACGGAGUUCGUUAGACCAAAAAAAAGAUGAAAAAAAUAUAUAUAUAUAUUUGGGGGGUUCGGGCUUCCUGAAGGUAAUACCCGGGUAUUAGAUUAUGGGGCUAUGGUAAGGUUUAAGGUUUUUGGUGUUAGGGUUAAAAUCACUGUCCAAAAACCUUUGUAGAAACUCUUUUCCAACCUUUUGGAGUUAGGUAGACCAAAAAAAAAAAGAAAAAAGAAAAAAAAAUAUUUGGGGUUUUCAGGCCUCCUGAAGGUAAUACCCGGGUAUUAGGUUUUGGGGCUAUGGUAAGGGUUAAGGUUUUUGGCGUUAGGGUUAAAAUCACUGUCCAAAACCUUUGUAGGAACUCUUUUCCAACCUUUUGGAGUUAGUUUGACCAAACAAAAAUGAAAAAUGAAAAAAAAAUAUUUGUGGUUUUCGGGCUUCCUGAAGGUAAUACCCGGGUAUUAGGUUAUGGGGCUUUGGAAAGUUUUAGGGUUUUUGGCAUUAGGGUUAAAAUCAAUGUCCAAAACCUUUGUAGGAAAUCUUUUCCAACAUUUCGGAGUUCGUUAGACCAAAAAAAAGAUGAAAAAAAAUAUAUAUAUAUUUGGGGUGUUCGGGCUUCCUUAAGGUAAUACCCGGGUAUUAGAUUAUGGGGCUAUGGUAAGGUUUAAGGUUUUUGGUGUUAAGGUUAAAAUCACUGUCCAAAACCUUUGUUGGAACUCUUUUCCAAGCUUUUGGAGUUGGUUACACUAAAAAAAAUGUAAAAUGAAAAAAAAAAAUAGCCCGAACACCCCAAAUACAUUUUUUUUAUUUUUCAUCUUUUUUUUGUUCUAACUAACUCCAAAAGGUUGGAAAAGAGUUCCUACAAAGGUUUUGGACAGUGAUUUUAACCCUUACGCCAAAAACCUUAAACCUUACCAUAGCCCCAUAACCUGAUACCCGGGAAUUACCUUCAGGAAGCACGAACACCCCAAAUAUUUUUUUUUCAUUUUACAUUUUUUUUUUGGUGUACAAACUCCAAAAGGUCUGAAACAUGUUCCUAAAAAUGAAAAAUGAAAUAAAAAAUAUUUGGGGAACUCUUUUCCAACCUUUUGGAGUUAGUUAGACCAAAAAAAAAAAGAAAAAAGAAAAAAAUAAAUUUGGGGUUUUCGGACUUCCUGAAGGUAAUACCCGGGUAUUAGGUUAUGGGGCUAGGGCAGACAUGGGCAAACUACGGCCCCCGGGCCACAUACGGCCCGUUAGGCUUUUUAAUCCGGCCCGCCGAACUUGUCCAAAUUACAGUAAAAACCUCCUUCAUUUUCCCCUUUUGCUGCAAUGCCUACGUUUCCCCAAUAGAUGGCGCACUCAAAACACAUUGACCGUUGUUGGAGUGGCGCGUAUUUCUCUUUAUUUCACUUUAAUUUUCACUUCGUUUCACGUUGCCAUUUGAGCCCUAUUGUGAAAAUGAGCGGACCAAAGAGAAGGAAAGUGGACAGCGAAUGCCGAGUGUUUAAUAAGGAGUGGACAACAAAAUACUUUUUCACUGAAGUCCGAUCAACGGCUGUAUGUCUGAUAUGCCAAGAAGCUGUUGCGGUUUUCAAAGAGUACAAUAUCAGCCGUCACUUUACCACGAAGCAUGCAAACUAUGCUAGCAAGCAGUCAACACAAGAACGGGUGGCUACUGCUCAGAGGUUGGCAGCUAAUUUACAGAGUCAACAGAACUUUUUUCACCGACAAACUGCAAUUCAAGAGUCAAGUACCAAGGCAAGUUAUUUGCUGGCAUUCAAAUUAGCAAAGGCUAGCAAGCCUUUCUCCGAAGGCGAGUUUUUGAAAAGAGUGCAUGGUAGAGACAGCAGGUCUCUUGUGUCCGGAGAGCAAAGCCAAGUUUGAAAAAAUCAGUUUAGCACGCAGGACAGUGACUCGCCGCGUGGAAUUGAUUGACGAAGACUUAGUCAGCGAGUUAAACAAAAAGGCGGAGUCCUUUAAGUUAUAUUCACUAGCACUGGAUGAAAGUAACGACAUAAAAGACACUGCUCAGCUCCUAAUUUUUAUCCGAGGGAUUAACGACAGUUUUGAGAUAACGGAGGAGCUUUUGAGCAUGGAAUCACUGAAAGGGAAAACGCGAGGAGAGGACUUAUAUGAACAGGUGUCUGCUGUCAUCGAGAGAAUGAAGCUACCUUGGAGUAAACUUGCCAAUGUCACCACGGAUGGAUCGCCAAAUUUAACUGGAAAAAACGUCGGGCUGCUGAAAAGAAUCCAGGAUAAAGUGAAAGAAGAAAACCCAGACCAGGAUGUUAUUUUUCUUCACUGCAUCAUUCAUCAGGAGUCUUUGUGUAAGUCUGUAUUGCAGCUUAAUCACGUCAUGGAUCCAGUUGUAAAACUUGUUAACUUCAUACGAGCAAGGGGACUUAAUCAUCGUCAGUUCAUUACGUUCCUGGAAGAAACUGAUGCGGAUCACCAGGACCUACUUUACCACUCUCGCGUCCGCUGGUUAAGUCUUGGGAAAGUGUUUCAACGAGUCUGGGAGCUCAAAGAGGAGAUUCGCUCAUUUUUGGAGUUAAUGGGGAAAUCCGACGAAUUCCCCGAGCUGAGCGACACAAACUGGCUUUGUGACUUUGCGUUUGCUGUGGACAUAUUUUCACACAUGAAUGAGCUGAACGUGAAGCUACAGGGGAAAGAUCAGUUUGUGCACGACAUGUACACAAAUGUGAAAGCCUUCAAAUCCAAGCUGGUUUUAUUCUCCAGGCAAAUGUCAAACAAAUCUUUCGCACAUUUUCCCACACUAGCCGUGCAGAAAGAGGCCGCCCGAUGUGCGAAGAAAUACUGCAAAUCACUGGACGACCUGCACAGAGAAUUUUGCCGUCGGUUCUGUGAUUUUGAAAAAAUUGAGAAGUCACUUCAACUGGUGUCCUGGCCCCUGUCACAAGACCCCGAAUCAGCACCGCAGGAGCUGCAGUUGGAACUGAUCGAUCUUCAGUCUGACUCCGUCUCAAAGCAGAAGUUCAAGUCUCUUAAACUGAAUGACUUUUACGCUUCACUUAACGAGACCACGUUCCCAAACCUCCGGAGGACGGCACAGAAGAUGCUGGUGUUGUUUGGCUCGACCUACGUGUGUGAGCAGACGUUUAGCGUCAUGAAAAUCAACAAAGCCCAUCACAGAUCCAAGUUAACUGACCAACACCUCAGAUCUGUCCUGAGAAUUGCCACAACAAAACUAACUCCAGACUUUGAUGCACUGGCAAAAAAGGGAGACCAACAACACUGUUCCCACUGAAAUUGGUGAGUUUUUCUGCUGUGUUAUGAAAAAAUGCAUAUGGAAAGUUUGGAAGUGCGUCUUUUAAUUAAGAGCAAUGCGCAUUUACGCACAGCAGCGGUACAGUAGCUUAAUUAACACACCGCACAUCGCUCUUAAUUUCAAUUUCAAUUUUCAGCUGCAGGUAGGAUAUUUAAUACAGCCUAUGUCUGUGUGCUUGGCAACGAUACACGUGUACUGUAAGGUGAGGGCGUCCGUGGCGAGUUUGUAGAGCGCGCGGUCAGGACAAUCCAUCCAUGAUUUUGCGGGGUUUAACACAAGUAUAUAUUAUUGAGCUUGAGUAUUUUGUUGUGUAAUAAUAUGUUUUGAAUGUUGAAAGUGAUUCCAUUUUUCAAUAAAUGUUGAUUUCUUUAACUUUGCACCUUCGAUUAAAACUUAUUAAAAACAGACGCAAUCUUGAUAAAUCACAGUGCGUAUGCUAUUUUAAUCUAUUUACAUUUCCUCCUCCCAGUAUCGUGCAAAAUAGUAUGUAAACGCCAUAUCUUGCAUAUUCCUUGAGACAAACUUAUUAACUGAUAAGGGCUAUUUUUCACAUUUGAAAGACAGUUAAUAAAUUGGGUUGUAGUGUUCUUACUGUGCUAUGAGGUUUGCACACACUACAUGUAAUGCUUUAGUAUGUCCGGCCGAAACACUCCAUCCAAAUGCUCCUGGCCCGGCCCCUCUGUCAAAUUUUAGAACCCAUUGUGGCCCGCGAGUCAAAAAGUUUGCCCACCCCUGGGCUAGGGUAAGGUUUAAGGUUUUUGGCGUUAGGGUUAAAAUCACUGUCCAAAACCUUAUUAGGAACAUGUUUCAGACCUUUUGCAGUUGGUUAAACCAAAAAAAUGAAAAAAAAAUAUUUGGGGUGUUCGGGCUUCCUGAAGGUAAUACCCGGGUAUUAGGUUAUGGGGCUUUGGAAAGUUUUAGGGUUUUUGGCAUUAGGGUUAAAAUCACUGUCCAAAACCUUUGUAGGAACUCUUUUCCAACAUUUCCGAGUUCGUUAGACCAAAAAAAAGAUGAAAAAAAAUAUAUAUAUAUUUGGGGUGUUCGGGCUUCCUUAAGGUAAUACCCGGGUAUUAGAUUAUGGGGCUAUGGUAAGGUUUAAGGUUUUUGGUGUUAGGGUUAAAAUCACUGUCCAAAAACCUUUGUAGGAACUCUUUUCCAACCUUUUGGAGUUAGUUACACCAAAAAAAAAAAUGUAAAAUGAAAAAAAAAUAUUUGGGGUUUUCAGGCUUCCUGAAGGUAAUACCCGGGUAUUAGGUUUUGGGGCUAGGGUAAGGUUUGAGGUUUUUGGCGUUAGGGUUAAAAUCACUGUCCAAAACCUUUUUAGGAACACGUUUCAGACCUUUUGGAGUUUGUACACCAAAAAAAAAAUGUAAAAUGAAAAAAAAAUAUUUGGGGUGUUCGGGCUUCCUGAAGGUAAUACCCGGGUAUCAGGUUAUGGGGCUAUGGUAAGGUUUAAGGUUUUUGGUGUUAGGGUUAAAAUCACUGUCCAAAACCUUUGUAGGAACUCUUUUCCAACCUUUUGGAGUCAGUUAGACCAAAAAAAAAAAGGAAAAAGGAAAUAAAACGUAUUUGGGGUGUUCAGGCUUCCUGAAGGUAAUACCCGGGUAUUAGGUUAUGGGGCUUAGGAAAGGUUUAAGGUUUUUGGCGAUAGGGUUAAAAUCACUGUCCAAAACCUUUGUAGGAACUCUUUUCCAACCUUUUGGAGUUUGUUAGACCAAAAAAAAAAGAAAAAUGAAAAAAAAAUAUUUGGGGUGUUCGGGCUUCAUGAAGUUAACCCCAUAAAUGCCAACUGAAAUUUAAUGACAUGAAUGUUAAUGGCCAAUUUGAAUUUUUUACCCUGUUUUAGCUGAUUAAUUUUAAUGAAUUAUAAUUGUAAUGCCCAAUUAGAAAUAUUUAUCCUGUUUUUGACCUAUUUAAUGUAAUAAAUUGUAAUUGUAAUGCCCAAUUUUAACUUUUGCCAAUUAGAAUCGUAAUGAAUUUGAAUUUUUAAAGACAGAUGUAAUUAUGUUAGCCCCUAAUUCCCUUUUUAAAUUUUAGAUGAGAUAUGCAUUUUUAAUAUUUAUGGUUUUAAUGUGAAAUCAUUACUAUUUUUAGCCUCUUAUGAAAUAUAAUAAUUAAUAAUGAAUUAAAAAUAAUUAGUUAAAAUAAAUUAUUAGUUAUUAAAGGUUAGGGUUAGGGGUCAGGGCUAGGGUUAGAGAGGUUAGGGUUAGGGUUAGGGCCAGGGUUAGGGUUAGGGCUAGGUUUAGGGGUUAGGGUUAGGGUUAAGGCCAGGGUUAGGGUUAGAUUUGAUCCCGAGGGUUAGGGUUAGGGUUAGGGAUAGGGUUAGGGUUAGGGUUAGAGUUGAUCCCCGAGGGUUAGGGUUAGGGUUAGGGAUAGGGUUAGGGUUAGAUUUUGAUCCCCGAGGGUUAGGGUUAGGGUUAGGAUUCUGGUUAGGCGUUAGAUUAGGGCUAGGGGUUAGUGGUUAGGGGUCAGGGGUUAGUUAUUAGGGGUUGGUGGUUAGUGAUUAGGGGUUGGUGGUUAGUGAUCAGGGGUCAGGGUUAGGCAUUGGAGCCCCUAAUCAUACGUGGAUGUAAAACAAAAAUUGAUUAGAAUUUGAUAUUAAGGCCAAUUGGUUCUUUGGUUUGUAAUAAAUAAAUCCAUCUCCUCUCCAUGUUUUUCCUGUCCUUAUCUGUCCAGAGUAAAUUACUCUGGAUCCCUGCCAUCCUGAUGGCCUCGAUGCCGUGCUCAAUAAAAUGUCGUACAAGGGGAGUAUUAGUUUCUUUUUGAUUUUUUAUAUUGUACCUAUGUUGCCACAUUCUUGUUCGUAACGUAUUUUUUGUUUCUCCAAUGUAUUGUUUUCCACAUUUGUUGCAAAUUAUAAUAUAAACACAGUUUUUAGUUUGUAAUGUAAAUUUUUGUUUGAUUUUGAACAUUGUUUUAUCCAAUUUGUUUGUUACAUAGGUCAAUGUCUGGAAAAAAAUAAAUUUGGGGUUUGUAUCAAUUGGUUGAAUCUGUUUUAAUUUGGCCCGUACUGAAAUGUCUUUUAAAUUUUUACUUUUUCUAUAAGCUAAAAUAAUUUGGUGGUGUUUUAAUAACCCUGGAUCUCCAAUUAAGUGUUUGUAAUUGUUUUUAAUCUGUCUAUUUAUAAUUUUAGUUACUGUCGAAUAUUGGGUGGUUAAAGGAAUAAUCUUUUUGGUUGUAAUUUUUGUUUUUGUUUCUUUAAAUGAUUUUAGACAUUGCCUCAAAAAUGAUCUCGAAUAACCCCUCUUUCUUAAUGCUACAAAUAGAAUUUUUACAGCUUCCCAAAAAUCCUUUUGUUGUGUACAAAUCCGAUGAAAUCGUAAUAACUGUGAUUUAACUAGACCUUUAAAGGUGUGCUUUGGAUGAAAACUGGUUUUGAACAGUAAGGCGUGAGUAUCUGUUUUUUUGAAAAAUACUUUAAUAUCUAAACUACCAUCUAAAUAAAACGAUGACCCCUUGUACACCGUCGUAUCCAAGAAAUCAAUUUUAUCUUCAUGGAUUUCAUAUUUUAAUUGUAUUGAGGGAUCAUGACCAUUCAAAAUUUGCAUGAAUUCCUCGAAUUCUGCACGGGAAUAACACCAAAUUCCCCAAAUAUCAUCCAGAUAUCUGAGGUAAUGCAGAGGUUUCUUUCGGCAUUUUGCCAAGACUUCCUUCUCCCAAUUUGCCAUGAAAAUGUUUGCAUAAGCUGGGGCGAAUUUUUUACCCAUUGCUGUUCCCUUAAUUUGUAAAUAAAACUCCUCAUUGAAAACAAAAUCAUUCCUAGUCAAAUUAAUAUCUAAUAAUUUAAUUAAUUCCUCAUCUGGCCUAUCAUUAUCUGGGUGGUCUCUGAAAAUAUUUUUAACUGUUUCUAUUCCUGCCUGUAUGUCUAUAUUUGUGUAUAAGCUAUCUACAUCUAAACUAAAAAAUAAUGAAUUUUGUGGGAUCCUCAAUUGUUUGAUGAUGUCAAUGAAAUGAUAUGUAUCCUUUACAUACGAGGCAUGGAGCAUGGACAAGGGAUUGAGAUAAUAAUCAAUAAAUUCUGCCGUAUGGUAGGUUUCACUCCCACAGUCCGAAACAAUUGGUCUGCCUGGGGGUAUUUCAAAUGGUACAGUCCACUUCUGUGGAUCUUUGUGAACUUUUGGUAAAAUAUAAAAUCUUCUUUCCCGAGGUUCUCCUUCACCCUUGAGAUAUUGUACCUGUUUUUUAUUAAUGUAUUUCUUGGUUUUUAAAGUGUCGAUGAUAUCAUGGACGAUUGGAACUGUUUUCAAAUAGAGCGGCUCUGUUAAUUUUUUGUAAUAUUUUAUAUCAUUUAAUUGGCGCCGAACUUCUGUGACAUAUUGAUCUCGUCCCAUGAUUACAACUACACUUCCUUUAUCUGCAGGUUUAAUAAUUAUUUCAUUGUUUUUCCUUAACUCUUUCAGUGCUGUUAUUUCUUGUUGUGUCAAAUUUGUUUUUUCCAAAUAGAAUUUAAAAUAAUUUUUAAGGUCCUGAUUGUCUUUACGGAUUAAUGUGUGGAUUAGGGUUAGGGUUAGGGGUUAGGGUUAGGGUUAGGGUUAGGGUUUAGGGUUAGGGUUAGGUUUGGGGAAUGAAUCCCGUCUCCCAUAGGGAGCGGGGAAUGCACGGGCCUUCCCUCGACCGGACACGUUCCCCCAGUCCCGGAAUGGCUGGCGGAAGCGCUGGCCUUUACGGCCAAAGCGGACUUCCGUCCAGCCGGCAAGGCCACUCAUACAUUGAGUGGCCAUCAGGUUUGUAGUUAGGGCCCGAGCGUAGCUGCUAAGCAGCUGCGAGAGCCCUCUUGUUCCUGAUGGAUUCUUCUUUCGUUAUUUUUCCUCCGCUUUAAACUGGAAAAUGGCCCACUUCCCACUGGCGAAAACUCAGGAAAUUUGGCAGGACGACCGGGCCUGGUGAAAAAUUUGAUAUUCUGAAGUCGUCCAAACAAAAAAAUGAAAAAUGGCUCCAUAGCGCCCCCUAUGGUGAAAACUCACCUGAUGCCUGUACGCUUUGUCAAAAUGACACAAAAUUUGACACACAUGUGUAUCUCAAUAAGAUCUACGAAAAAGUCAGUGCGGGCGUAUCUGCCAAAUGUACGGUUAAAGGGCUAUUUCGCUUUUUUUGCCGAUCCGCACACAUUGGAAUUUCGCUUACUCCUCCGAAGGCUUUCGUUCCACCAGCACCAAAUUUGCUCAGGCCAAUCUACACCCCAUGGCCAUUAAAAGUUGUACAAAUCAUGAUGCUGCACCCCACGGUUUACUUUCUAGGGGGCGCCAAAGAUAACACAAAAAUCCACAUUCUUAAAAGUCUUAUAACUUUUUAUUUUUGUCCUCACUGGCCUCCAAGUUUUCUAGGAUGAUGCAAUGUCCAGCCAUCAACACAUUUGUGAAGGAAUUUUUACUCCCCAAAAGAGCGCCCCCCCAUGGCAGGAGAAAAAAGUCCAUUUUUUCUUGUCUCCUUAGGUAAAAAUACACAUUGUUGAGUGUCACGCCUAUACACUUUGUCAUAAUGACACACAAUUUGACAAUCACGUGUAUCUCAAUAAGAUCUACAAAAAAGUAAAUAGGCACGUAUCUGUCAAAUGUAUGGUUAAAGGGCUAUUUCGCAUUUUUUGCCGAUUCGCACACAUUGGAAUGUGGCUAUCUCCUCCUAAGGCUUUCGUCCCACCGAUACCAAAUUUGCUCAGGGCAAUCUACACCCCAUGGCCAUUCAAAGUUGUAAAAAUCAUGACGCUGCACCCCACGGUUUACGUUCUAGGGGGCGCCAAAGAUGACCCAAAAAUCCACAUUCUUAAAAGUCAUUUUGGCCACUGCAGGAGUACAGAGUACUGCAGUUCAAGGGGGCGCCAAAGAUGACCCAAAAAUCCACAUUCUUAAAAGUCUUUUUGGCCACUGCAGGAGUACAGAGUACUGCCGGACACACACACAUAUACACACACGCCAACACACACACACACACACACACACACACACACACACACACACACACACACACUCAGAGUCUGUUUUUUAGCACCUGCAAAAACAUGCUGUUUACAUAUUUGACAAGAAUGCAGAGGCUUCCUUUUGCCCCUGAAAAAAAUCAAAUUUCAAACACAACUUGACUGUUCAUUUCUCCAAAAGACAACCAUGAAGCUCCAUCCAAACCUGAAGCAGAUAGUUGAUGCAUGUGUACAGUAACCUGAGGAGAGUGAGGUGACUACUUCUGAGGAGAACAUGAGCAGUGAAGAUUCACCUUGGAGCUAGAACAGGGACGUGCACAUGAUUAUACAGGGGCAGGGGCUCAAGUUUUUUCCAGUCAUUUAUACAAUAUGGAAAUUAAUGUGAAAUUAAACCACAAAUAUGUGUGAUGAACUGUUUUUAAAACUUAAACUUCAAAUAAAAAUUGUAAACUUCAAAACAUAUGCAAAUUUUUAACAAAGAACAUAGUAAUUUACCUCUAUUUACAUCAAAAUGCAGGCAAUGGCCCAGGCGUUCUUUGUAAAAUUAUUUACAAAACACUGUAUAGUCUCACAAAUGUCACUUUUUAUUUAUGCCACUACAAAAAAACAUGAUGUAAAUGAUGCAUGAUGUAAAACAUGAUGUAAAAAACUUGUGUAGAUCCUCCUCU